ACAUGGCGACAAGUGAAAACAGAAAAACAGAUUGUUGGAGUGUCCCAGAAGUCUACAAACACCACGAACAGCGGAGAGUAUGCAUAUCUCGACCUAAAUAUAGGGAAGGGAGGAAAGCAAAAGCGGUGAAGGUAUACACGAUAAACUUGGAGUCCUGUUACCUGAUGAUCCAGGGGGUCCCGGCCAUCGGGGUGAUGCCGGAGCUGAUCCAGCUGUGUGCCCUGUAUGGCUCCGUCUCGGAGUACCGACCCCUGGACGAAUAUCCCGCAGAGGACUUCUCCGAGGUCUACCUCAUCAAGUUUCACAGAUUAACAAGUGCCAGAGCAGCGAAACGCAACUUGGAUGAGAAGAGUUUCUAUGGUGGUGUGCUGCAUGUUUGUUAUGUCCCCGAGUACGAGACCGUGGAAGACACCAGGCACAAGCUGCACGACCGGAGGAGUUAUGUCACCAGGGUAGCUCGUAACAGAGAAAGGACAAGGAAAGAAACAACACAUGAGAUGCCCACUUCUUCAGCUACAACCCCCACGUGUGACACGAACAUCAGCAGACAUGAUAAAACCGCUGACGAUGACGAUGAGGGAGAGACUUCAAACACCAGCCAUUAUUCAGGAUUUCCUCUACUGCCAUUACCUCCUCAAGAACAUUACUUUUACAGGCAUCAAACUCAACAUGGGAUUACGCCAACAGAGGACAGAAUGGGAACUUUACAUGAUGUCACCACUGACAUAACUGAGCAACAAGUAGAGAGCUCAAGCUUCAACCAUCCUAGCAACAGAGGCAAAGGCACAAAACACAAACUGGACUCUGAUCAGGCUUGUGCUAUCAGAUUUGUCCCAAGGACCAAACAGUUGGAGAAUAGGAAACGCAAAAUGGAAGGAGCUAUGGAGGAAUCGGGGAAUGGUUCUGGAGAAAAUAAGCCUUUAAUUGGGCCAAAACUACCAGAACCCCCUAAAUUUGAUAUGGAAGAUGAAUCACUGAAUACAACAGUGAGUCUCAUCAGGAACACAAUGAAGCAGAUGGAACCAGUCCCAGCCAUCAUACCUGUUGAGAAAAAGAUAAAACCGCGUCGCCGCAUUUGAGGGCAGUCGGCUUUGUAGACUUGUCACAAAGGUUUCUCCCUCUGAUUUGGGAAAUUAUUUUUUUAUUUUAUAAAUUGUUUCUCCUCAAAGCUUGUAUUUAUUUAAAGAUUUUGCAUUACGGUGAAAACAGCAAGGUGUUCAUUAAAGGCAGU